AGAAAAGGAUGGAUAAAAUGUUGAAGUUGCCAAGAAUCUUGAAGACGAGGAGAGCUUGAGCGACGAGAAGUAAGAGAGAUUACAAAAUGUGUGUUAGCACAAAAGCCAUAUUUGCUCCAUUGCUGAAGCCGUCACGGUGCGCAUUGUUGUCGAACUUCACUGGAAAACGCAUUUACUAAUGCACUUCUCGAAUAUCCACUCUGGUUUGAGGCUUUCCAAUUUGGUUUCAAAAAUCAAGGACGCAUCAGCUUGCGGAAAAUGGCAAGAAGCUCUCCAAAUUUACCACGAAAUCAGAUUCUCUGGAGAUCAUUUGGCAGAGUCUUGGGUGCUCCCUUUGAUUCUCAAAGCAUGUUCGAACAUUUCUUUCAAACUUGGAACCGCUAUGCACGGAUGUCUGAUCAAACAAGGAUGCGAAUCUUCCACUUCCAUUGCUAAUUCCACUAUUGACUUGUAUAUGAAAUGGGGUGAUUUGGAUUCUGCACACCGUGCUUUUGAUUCUCCGAGCAACAAGGAUUCAGUAUCUUGGAAUGUGAUGGUUCAUGGAAAUUUCUCAAAUGGGGGCGUAAUGGCAGGUUUUUGGUGGUUUAAGAAGGGUAGAUUUGCCCAUUUUCAGCCCAAUGUUUCUUCGUUAGUACUUGUAAUUCAGGCCUUCCGCGAGCUUAAAAUAUACAGUCAGGGCUUUGCGGUUCAUGGUUAUAUAAUUCGAUCUGGCUUUUCUGCCAUUCUUUCAGUUCAAAAUUCUCUGUUGAGCUUGUAUGCUGAAGUCAAUAUGUAUUUUGCCCACAAGCUGUUUGAUGAAAUGUCUGUUAGAAAUGAUGUCGUUUCCUGGAGUGUGAUGACCGGAGGUUUUGUGCAAAUUGGGGAACAUGAAUAUGGGUUGCUGAUGUUUCGAAAUAUGGUGACAGAGGCUGGCAUUUCACCAGAUGGGGUAAUUGUUGUAAGUGUUCUUAAAGCUUGCACCGACUUGAGAGAUAUUUCACUUGGAACAGUGGUACAUGGGUUGGUGAUUUUUAGAGGCUUGGAAGAUGAUUUGUUUGUUGGGAACUCUUUGAUAGAUAUGUAUUCCAAAUGUUUUGAUGUUCAUUCUGCAUUUAAAGCUUUCAAGGAGAUACCUGAGAAGAAUAUCAUCUCAUGGAAUUUGAUGUUGUCGGCAUAUAUCCUCAAUGAGAAGCUUUUAGAAGCUGUAGCAUUGGUUGGGACAAUGGUCGAAGAAGGGGCUGAGAAAGAUGAGGUGACCUUUGUGAAUGUUCUUCAGAUGGUUAAGCAUUUUCUGGACUCAUUACAAUGCAGGUCUGUCCACGGUAUGAUUAUACGGCAGGGAUACGAAUCAAAUGAAUUGGUAUUGAGCUCUCUAAUUGAUUCUUAUGCAAAAUGCAAUCUGGUUGAGCUUGCAGGCACACUUUUUGAUGGCAUGAAGAAGAAAGAUGUAGUUGCUUGGAGCACUAUGAUUGCAGGCCUUGCCUGCAAUGGCAAACCUGACGAAGCAAUAUCGGUCUUCAAGCAAAUGAAUGAAGAAGUGAUACCAAACAAGGUUUCGAUAAUGAAUCUUAUGGAGGCUUGUGCUGUCUCUGCAGAAUUGAGACAAGCGAGAUGGGCUCACGGUAUAGCUGUUAGAAGAGGUUUGGCUGGUGAAGUAGCUGUUGGAACUGCCAUUAUUGACAUGUAUUCAAAAUGUGGAGAUAUAGAAGCCUCCGUUAGAGCCUUCAACCAAAUCCCAGAAAAAAAUGUUGUGUGUUGGAGUGCCAUGAUAUCUGCCUUCGGCAUCAAUGGUCUUGCACACGAAGCCUUAAUGUUGUUUGAGAAAAUAAAACAAAAUGACACCAAGCCAAAUGCUGUGACUGCUCUAUCAUUGCUAUCUGCUUGUAGCCAUGGAGGAUUAGUGGAAGAAGGGCUCUCUUUUUUCACAUCCAUGGUGAAGAAACAUGGAAUUGAGCCUGGUUUGGAGCAUUACUCUUGCAUUGUCGACAUGUUAUCCCGAGCGGGGAAAUUUAACGAAGCAUUAGAGUUGAUUGAGAAGAUGCCUGAAAAAAUGGAAGCAGGUGCUAGCAUUUGGGGGACACUCUUGAGCUCUUGUAGGAGCUAUGGAAACAUUGUGCUUGGUUGGGAAGCGGCCUCUCGUGUUCUCCAACUCGAACCUUUGAGCUCGGCUGGCUACGUCCUUGCAUCAAACUUGUAUGCGAACUGCGGGCUAAUGAUUGAUUCUGCAAAAAUGAGAAGGUUGGCAAAAAAGAGAGGAGUUAAAGUUGUUGCUGGAUAUAGUUUGGUGCAUAUUAAUUCACAGACUUGGAGAUUUGUGGCUGGAGAUGAGCUCAAUCCAAGAGCCGAUGAGAUCUAUUUAAUGGUUGAACAAUUGCAUAGUGUAAUGAAGAUUGAUUGUUUGGAACUUUUUUAUGAACUUUUCAACGUUGAGUAUAAUGGCUAAGAGCGAUUAAAACAA